CUCCGCCCCCAUGGGCCUAACGACGUUCCCAGCGCUCGAGUGGCUCAAUCUCACCAGCUGUGCGUGGAACAAUCGCCACGCUGUACGUUGGAAGCGAAGGACGCACCUGCAUUCCCUAAUGCUGGAGCUUAUCCGAAUUCUCGAGUUCCGGAAGCAGCGUGACAAGAGAUCAAGAUGCUCUCGCUCUCGGCUGUAAAUAACGUGUUUGAGACGGGCGGGGCCGAGUGCGCCCUGUCAUGUCUCAAGGCGGCUGUGGAUAAGCUUUUUAUACGAUGGAUUUGGAGACGAGAAGGUCGAGCCUGAGCGUGACUCGUGUACGGAGGACAAAGAGGAGGAUGCGGCUGUUGACGAAGAUGAAGACGAAUCAGCGGAGGAGGAGGACCAGAACCAGCACUUGGGCGAAGAGGAAGAAGAGGGCAGCAGACCAGAUAAUGACGAAGACGAACCAGGCUUGCAGCUGUUUGACUGCAAGGAGUAACUGGAUAAAGUGGAAUGGACGUGUCUUGGCGCAGCGUUAUCUUAAAAUCUCUUGACCAUUUGCUCGUGUGCGCAGACUAAAUGUAUAGCAUGGUCAUUAGAAUUAUCCACGCGCUAUUUCCUACUCGUUACUGUACUUUUACGACCAU